AUGCCUUAUCUUACACCAAAGAGCGGCCCUUCUACGGGCACUGUGGAAUCAUCAAUUACGGUCAACGAAUGCAAGACGAGCGAUGCUCAGGAAGUUCCAGCUAUAACAGCGUGCCCAGUGCCAGAGAAAAGUAUUCUCAUUGAUACGGGAGAGUUGGAGUCUAUAAAGUCCUCAAGCUACCCUCUAGUGAAGUUGGAAGUUGAAAAAAUCAACGAUGCCACUGCUGGGAGAUUGGCUACAAGUUUGUUAGGACACGUACUCUUCCUGAAGAAUCAGGUCCCGUUUCCUGUGAUGCAAUUAGGAAGGCUUCCGGGUGGCAAGAUGAACACACGCGCAGCCAAGCAACGUACCGAAUUACUGGCCUCAUACGACACUAUAUCAUCCCAUCUUGAUACCACCUUCUCUGCAUUAUCUACGGCACUUGCGCGAUGUGCUGGCCAGAAUUCCAAGUUGGCACAAGUUCAUUUGGCCAUUCUCGUGGGGCCGAGCGUAACAACAGCAAAAUCUAGAUUAUUUCUUGGGAUUGAUGGGUUAGAACAAAGUAUCUGGGGCGUUAGGGACGAACGAACAAUCUCCCGGGAUCACGCCGAAAUUGCCGAGGAUGAAAGAGAAGAUGUCCAAGCUGAUAAAUCAGAUGAAGGCGACAGUGUUGAAGAUAAUGAUGAAAGCGACGACAUACCCGAGGACAGUGAGGAUGACGAUAGUGAAGAAACCAGUAGCGAAGAAGAAAGCGAAAGCGAAAGCGAAGAAGAGGAAAACGGCGAUAAAUCUAUCGGAGAAGAUCCGCCACCUCCACUCUAUGUAUCUCGCGCGGAAGAAUUACAAUUUUUACAGAAAGCCGAACGUCUUCUUUCUCGUACCCUUGCAGCAGCGGAUGCGGAAGGAUGUGGGAUAAGUUCUGAACUGGCCCCAACUCAAACACACGUUCUUAUUCGCGCACCUAGGCGGUUUAGUCAUCCUGCUUGGCUUCCUCAGCAAAAUGUCUCCAAUUCACUUGAUACAUCUUUACACGAUUUUCUCAACAACUCCGGAUUGCAGACUGCUGAAAACCAAUCCAUCAAUCGUCCUAAACAUACCAAGAAGACCAAAGUAGAAGGGGUCUGGAUCACGACUCGUCAAGGUAUACAGCCCUCAGCAUUUCUUCGAGAGUCAUUAUCAGUGUCGUCUACUGGCCUCGAUCUGGAAGAUGAUGAAAUGAUAUGGUGGAGCUGGGAUGGUAAAUUUCAGGGUUUCUCCGACUGGUGA